AUGGCUCCCAGAGCUCUGUUCACCUGCCUAGCUUUGACCGCCGUGCUCGGGUUGGCCUCGGCCGCAGAGCCUGCUACCACCGCUGCCGGUGCUCCAUCUACCUCCCCAUCGUCGUCGUCGUCGUCGUCGUCCUCCUCCUCCUCCUCCUCGGCAUUUGCGCCGGUUUCCGAUAGCGCGAUUGGCAACACCGACGAUGGGUCUGGGGACGGCGAAGGAGACGAUGCGCUCGCGGCGCCCGUCGGCGGCCCGGUGCCUCCGGGAGUGUUCCCUUCGACGCUGGAUGGGCCCGCGCUUGCCCCCGGCAGCAGCGGAGCCUCCCGCGUCGUCAUCUCAGCGGGCGUCGCGGUCGCUGCUAUGAUCGGGCGCUUCUUCUGA